UCAACCAAGCACAUGUUUUGAUAUUUAAACAAAUCGUGCGCUUGAACCAGUUUCUCUGCCUGAUUAGCAUUACAGGCUUUUCAGCUGUGUCAGAGCAAAGUAAUUUGUUUAUCGCAUUCCGUGUGUUUCGCUGCCGCCAUAGCAGCCGCUAUUUAGUAGUUUACCAUAAACGCCACCGGUGAUAACAACACAUUUUCGCGCGAAAGUACAAAUAAGCUAAACAUAUUUCAGUUAGUAUCUCUCUACAGAAAACCCGCGUCCAUAAAAAAUGCCACAAAAUCUUACGCGCGAUUGCCUGAGCGCCCACGACCAGCAAGUGCUUGAUUCCAUUUUCAAUCCACUGGCUAUGACAUCGAGCGUGGUGCAGGCAAUAGAACCAGAGGCGAAUGCUGAGCUGCUGGAUAUCGAAGAGAAUAGCGCCGAAGUGCAGCAGUCGAAGGCGCUCGAAAUAAGUGCUAUCAAGUUGGCAGAGGACGGCCAGCUUUCGAAGGCGUUGCCGGCAUUUGAGCAGGCGCUGAAUGUGGCACCAACACGUGCCUCUAUUUAUAAUAAUCGCGCGCAGGCUCUACGACUUGCCGGUCGAGAUGAGGACGCUCUAGCGGAUCUCAACAAAGCAAUUGAACUAUGCAUCAAGACACCGCGCACAAAAUGCACUGCUCUGUGUCAGCGCGGUGUCCUUUACCGCAAGCAGAGCAAUUUAGAUGCGGCGCGCAAAGAUUUCGAAGUGGCAGCACAGUUGGGCAGCAGUUUUGCCAAAACACAGCUGGUGGAGAUCAAUCCGUUUGCGGCACUUUGCAAUCAAAUGUUACGCCAGGCAUUCGAUCAAUUGAAGUAGAAUUUAUUGCCAUACGGAAUUUAGAAUAAAAAUGCACACACUCACCGCCUGAGAGUGGAUGAAGAGGAGCGAAAUGAAGACAUUAACUAUUUUAAUUACGUAAUACGAGUGUUUAAAUAGAAGCGAAUCAAAAGUCCUGCCUAUGCAACAAAAAAUCUUUUAAAAA